AUGAGUUUGGCCGGGUCACGGGGAGCGGCAGGAUUGGGUCGCCGUUCCGAGGGAGGGGGAGGACUCAGCGGGGGGAGGCUCGCCACAUACAACAACAGCCCCGAUCGCCUCGGAGUCACAGUCACAUGGAGACGAUGCGGCCUGGAGAAGAAGGCGUGUCGCUCUCCGGAUCAUGAAAGCAACAGGGCUCUGUUGCUUUAUUACUUCCACGUCUCAGUUCCAUGCAUCCUGAUAUUCAUCGCAUUUGCCAUAUGGGGUAAAAUUGAAGGUUCCUUUCGAGAGGCUUAUGUUUGCUCUGUUAUGAAUCUCAUGAGGAUCCUAAGGAUAUUUAAGAUGUCUCCAUAUACACCUCCUGGUCCAUGUCACAUUAGACUCUCGAAAUUGGCUGUGCCAUUGGAGAUGUUUGUCAUUACAGCAGGGUUCAAUUCUGUUGCUCUUCAGCCAUCAUUUACAGACCCUACAAAAAACAGACCAUGGCUUGGAGUAUAUUUUGGAGUGAUGCUAUUAUCUGGAUUAAUAGCACUGUGCAUUUCCGGACCCGUGGUCUGCGUAGGGUCCUCAGUGCUGUGCGUAACAGGCCCUUGCAGGCAUGGGAGGGCGUCUUCCAACAGAGGGACAAAACCUCUCCUUGUGGCUCUGUUGCUACAAUUCAGCAUCAAUUUCCAAUUAGUCUGCUUUAUGAUCUUCAUGCGUGGACAAUUUUUUGUUGUAGUGGCGUUGUUUCAAGUUAAAGUUCUACUGUGUCUUGCCUUUGGAUUCAUUUCAUUCAUAUAUUGUCUGGUCAAAUGUGGAUGUGUGUGUCAGAAAGUCUUCCUUCUGCUUUGGUUCAUUCUUGAUAUUCCAUUGAGCUUUGUAACUCUGGACAUCAUUUUGGAAGAAGAUAAAGAACUACAACCUGUAUGGAUGUGUUUCUAUGUAUUCCUCUACGUCAUGACUGCCACAGCGGCCUUUCAGCACAACACUGAUGAUUAUGAUGAUGUUGAAUGGGAUGUAGCUCAUAUCCUUGUGUACGUGUUUGGUUCUACUUUAAGUGUCAUUAAUUCAGUUGCUCUAGCAACAGAAGUGUUUCUGAAAGCAGAGAAAGGGGAGCGAACUGUGGAAGAUUUUUGGUUGAUCGUCUUGCCUUUUGAAUCUUUAUUUUUGGCCUUUUGGGUUAGUUUACAGAUGUAUGCAUACUGUAAGUAUCCUUUGGAAAUAUUGCUAACAUUUGGUACACUUCAUAUUUGUCCGAUAUUUCUCAGAUAUUACUCACUAUUACUAAAAUUGCUUCAAAUUGAAGAGAACAUCUUGCAUGUGGGGUAUUCUAGCUGCCAACUGUGGUAUGCUAGUUUGGAAGUUGAUGUAUUCUUCAAGGGUUCUGAUUGUAUCUGUAUGGUUACACUAGGACUCAGAACUGUACUGUCCUGUAUGUUAAUGCAAUAUUGUAAUUUUGUGCUAUAUUUUGACCAUUUUUGUCACUUGGAUUGUAGAUAGGCGGGAAAGAGAAGAGUAAGUACAAACUACUUGAAAUGAAUUCACUUGCCUCAAUUAGCAGCGCAUUAAUUUGGUAUACAUCAUUUUAAGCAUAUUCUUUGAUGUUGCUUUUGGUUAUUACAAUAUUUCAGAAUAGACCAUGUGAAAAGCUUCAUUUUUCAAAUGUUUUAGUUAUAUAUUCUUAGAUGUUAAAUAUAAAAUCAAGAUAUUGUGAAAACCCUUCUAAAUUAGGGGAAUUAAUUGUGCCUAAUUUGCUUUCACUGUUUGUUGCAAUAUUGUCAUUUGAUUUUUACUUAGAAUAAGACAUGAAUUGAUGCGCAUUGCCCAGUGCUGCCGAAGAC